GUGUCAAAGUUGACGUGCAGAAAGUGGAUUUUUGCUCCGGAAAAAUAAAUUAAUUUUGUGAUUCAUCCCACAGCCCAAUCACUGAAAUUUGAUAGGAAAGUGCAGUAUUGUGCGCCGCUUGAGGAACUUGUGCGAGUGUUUUGUGUACCUGAGGGGCGAGACGCGAGUGCUUGUGGUGCGUGUGGCUAAGGUGGGUGAGAAGGAAAAGUAGGCGAGGGUGAGAAAAUUAGAGGUGGCUAGAAGGCGAAAGUGACACCCAAGUGUCCAAAAAAAAAAGUUCACACAUCUCUCUCGGAGUGCUUCGGUGUGUGCCAAGUGAGAAGUGUCUGGUGUGUGGUAACUGUGGGUGCGCCAAGCACGGGAAUCCUCCGAUUGUAUCAGCAAACCUCACUGGCGGACGGGGCAGGAGAAGAGGCUACAGAAUGGAGGCGAUAGCAAAGCACGAUUUCAGUGCAACUGCCGACGAUGAGCUUAGCUUCCGGAAGAGCCAAAUCCUAAAGAUUUUAAAUAUGGAAGAUGACAUGAACUGGUACAGAGCCGAACUGGAUGGCAAGGAGGGCCUAAUUCCCAGCAAUUAUAUCGAAAUGAAGAAUCACGGCUGGUACUACGGAAGAAUCACGAGAGCUGAUGCGGAAAAGUUGCUAUCAAAUAAACACGAGGGAGCAUUUCUGAUUAGAAUAAGUGAAUCGAGUCCAGGCGAUUUUUCUCUCUCCGUUAAAUGCUCCGAUGGUGUUCAGCACUUUAAAGUGUUGCGCGAUGCGCAAGGAAAAUUCUUCUUGUGGGUCGUAAAAUUCAAUUCCCUCAAUGAAUUGGUGGAGUACCAUCGUACGGCCAGUGUAUCUCGUUCUCAAGAUGUCAAACUACGUGAUAUGGUUCCUGAAGAGACACUCGUCCAGGCUCUCUAUGACUUCAUACCGCAGGAAUCUGGUGAAUUGGACUUUAGGCGUGGGGAUGUUAUCACAGUCACUGAUAGGACAGACGAACAUUGGUGGAGUGGUGAGAUUGGCAAUAGAAAAGGACUCUUCCCGGCUACUUACGUCACUCCCUACCAUUCGUAAUGUACGUGAUUGAAUUUUCAUUCACCACAGAGAAAGGAGAGAAGAAGAAGAAAAAAAGUGCGGGGGAGAAAUAGCAAGUGAGAGAACUUGGGGGAGAAAAUAACUUCAGUUUUUUUUUUAAGUAUGAUACGAAUAUCUGGGUCGAACACAUUUACUAUUUUUUUCCUUCCUAUCAACAAUACAAGAAAAUUUUCAAAAAGAAAAUAGGUAAGGUAUAAAAUCAAUCAAAAAUGACCAUAAAACAUUUUAGGAUUGGAAAUAUCAAAGUGUUUUCAUUCACAGGUUACAUAGAAAGACGUUUUUAUAUUAAAAAAAAAGAAACAACAAAUGAUUUAGCAUGAAUUUGUUCUUGAUAUUUUGCAUAAUUUUCACGCAACAGUAAUUGUUUUGCAUUUAAAUGGAAGAUAAAAUGAGCAUAAAAAAUACGUAUUACCAGAAAUUGUUUUACUCUUUCAGUUUUAGCACAAAAUGAUAUUCUUAUAUAAGUGAGAGCUGUAGAUUCUACCAGUCAUCUACGGUCGAAUGUAGAAUCUUACGUAAGUAUGAAGUGUCAUAAAGUGAAUAUGAAAAACGCAUUACAAUUUAAUUGGAAAAACUGGGGUAGUAGUUGCAUCGGGCAAUACUUUUUAUAAAUUUGACAUUUAAUGUCAAAAUUAAGCAGAAAUCAAUAUCGAUCAUGAACUGAUAUUAUUUUUUUGUAGUUGAACUCAUUUCUAAUCGUAGCAAAAAAAAAGAUAAUUUAAAGGGACGAAACAGACUAAAAUAGGUGUUGCCAGAUGUAACUAAUAACUUGACUUUGAACACAUAAAACAUGUUUGAGAAUUCAAUGUUCUGGAAUUGCAUAUUUCGCGAUAAGAAAAAUAAUCUGCACAGAAGGUUUUGCAUGUAACAUCCCUUUCAGACGAUUAUUUACAAUAUGUUAAUAAUUACAUGCAUUAAAUUAAUUACAUUACUUUAUUGUCAGAAAAAUUCCUGGUAAAAAGGAAUUCGAACCCGGGACACUUGCAUCAUGGAGCGAGUGCUCUGUUCCUUGACUAAUUGAAUGCACAACAAACCAAAAAAUAGUUGCGCCCUCUUCGACGAAUAAAAAUUAUAUUGAAUCUCAAGUAUUUUAAUGUGAAAUUUUAGAAAAUCAGGGGAUGGAUAACUGCUAGACAUGGUUUUCCUAUAUAAAUUUCGGAUAAUCUUUUUCUUGCAAAGAUCAAGAUUAUAACAAUCUGUCGAUCUCUACAAGGAUGCUGUCAAUCUGUAGAAUUUUUACAGUGAUCGCACGAAUAUAUUGAUCUUAAGGAAGAUCAUGCCGAUCUGCUAGUUUGCUAAGAUAGUGCCGAUUUGUUGAUCGCUACAGGAAUCAUUUCGAUUUGCAAUAUCUGCAAUGAUCGUGUCGGAUAGUAAAGAUCGUGGCGGAUUUCUGGUCUAAGCAAAGCGUGUGUUUAUCUGUUGCUCUUUUGCAGAGAUCGCAUUGAUAUGUCGAUAUAUAUAUAUAUAUAUACAAAUAUUGUGUUAAUCUGUCGAUCUUAGAAAGGUCGUGUCGAUCUCUGUCAGAUCUAAGGAUAUCUGCAAGGAUCGCAUCAACGUGUAGAUUUUUUGCAAAGCUCGUAUCGAUCUGUUGAUCAUCAGAAAGAUCGUUUUGAUAUGAUGCUCUUUACAAAGAUCGUUCCGAUCUGUCUAUGUUAGCUUCAUGCCAAUCUGUCGGUAUCUGCUGGCAUCGUACCAUUCUGCUAAUUUCUGCAAGGAACGCGUUCAUCUGUUCUUUUGCAAAGAUUGUAUCGAUCUGCUGCUAAUCUGAGCAACGCACGUAUCCACCUAUCCCUCCUUUGCAAAGAUCGCCUUGAUCUGUUGAUCAUUGACAAGAACAUGUCGAUUUUAUGUUCUUUGUAAAAGUCGUUCCGAUUCGUCUAUCAUUAGGCUUCAUGACAAUCUGUCGAUAUCUGCUGGCAUCGUACCAUUCUGCUAAUUUAUGCAAGGAACGUGCUCAUCUGUGUUUUUUUUUGUAAUGAUCGUGUCGAUCUGUCGAUAUUUGCAAGGGUCGAGCCAACGUGUAGAUCUUUGGUAUGAGUGACAAAUGCGCUAGUCUCUCGCUAGUUUGCAAAGAUCAUGUCGAUCUUUGCAAAGGCAUCAUUGGAAAGAUCAUGCGGAUUUUCUGUUCUUUGCUAAUCGUCUAUCUCUGUUAGGAUCAUGCCGAUUUGUCGAUAUUUGAUAGGAUCAUGCUCAUUCGCUGAUUUAUGCAGAGAACAUUUUGCAACGAUCGUGUCGAUCUGUCGAUAUGUGCAAGGAUCGCGCUGAUGUGUAGAUUUUUAGCGAAGAUUGUAUAGAUCUGCUGCUCUGAGUAGCAAACGCGCUAGUCUGUCGAUCAUUUGCAAAGAUCGUGUCGAUCUGUUGAUCAUUGGUAAUGGGACCGUCUCGAUCUUAUACUCUUGGCAAAAUUCGUUCCGUUCUGUUUAUCUUUGUUAGAUUUAUACCGAUCUGUCGAGAUCUGUAAGGGUUGUUCUAAUCUGCUGAUCUUAUACAUAAAACUUGCUUAUCUUUUAUUCUUUUGGGAAAAUUGUGUCGAUCUGUUGAUCAUUGGAAAGAUCGUGUCGAUUUGCCGUCCUUUGCAAAGAUCUUUCCCAUUCUGUCUUUGUUAGGCACAUGUCGAUUUGUUGAGAACUGUAACGAUCGUGUCGAUCUGCUGAUCUGUGCAAAAAAGUGUUUAUCUGUUAUUCUACUGAAAAGACAGUAUCAAACUGUCGAUCUUUAAAAAAUAAAUCGAAAGGGCUCAUGCCGUUCUCUGCAAAAAAUCAAGAAGAUCUACCGAUUUUUAACGUGCUUGACUUUGAGAGAUUAUGCCACUUCUUCUUAAAGUAUCGUUUACUGGAAGUUCUUGAUAGCAUUAUUCUACAAGAAUUUUAGAAUUUCUUCAAUAUCAUAAAUAAUGCGUUGUUACUCUAUCAAAUUAAUAUGAAAUAAACAAAUUUUAAUUCUUAUGCUGCUGCAGCAUUGCUGCAACGUAUAAUUAAGUGGGCGUAACUGGUAGUAUUUUUUUGCAAAAUUUUUUUUGGUCAGUAAAAUACUGAAUAUCGGUUAGUAUACAGUUUACACCUUGCAAAAAGGAAGUCUGAUUUACAGUUUGCUUUCACAAUGUGAGAAAUCUAAGAUCUAGUUUAUAUAGGGAAAAUAGCACAAUCUUUAUUUUCUUUUCAUCGAAACUUACUUCUCAGCGAACACAGUUAGCAAGAAAAAGCAGGGGUUUCAGCAUAUUUUUGCUGAGUCGAUAAGCUGACCGAUCAGCACUUCUCGAACAAAAAGUGCUAAGUAAAUAUAUGGAAAUGGCACUGCGUCGCGAGUGUCUUUUUAAGAUUAGCAAAAUGCAGCAGAAAAUACAUACACUGAGAAAAAAAGAGGGUGCGAUUAACAUUUUUUCCUCAGAACAUUAACAUUUUUUUGGUGUAAAAAUAUAUCAACAUUUUUUAAUGUUAAUUUUACACCUUUCUAAGGGUUAAAUUAACAUGAAAAAGGGUAACUUUAACCCCUAAUACACCUAAAAAUGGUAAUAUUUACACUGAUUUUGGAUCAAUACUGCAGGGUAAAAUAAACAUUUCCGGAAUGUUAUUUUUAAACUUUUUUGGAUUUAUCUCAGUGUAUGUUUUCAGCUGAAUUGAUAUCGGUUAGCAUUUGGUGCUAGCUGGGUUCUUAUGGCGCUGGCACACCUUUUCAAUUUAGUGAAAUUCAAUCGAUUGAAAUUUUAACCUCUUACUCUUUCAAACUGAAAUAAGAUAUGUUUGUCUCUUUCUGUCAAAUGAAAUUGAAAUUUCAUUUUCAAUUUCAAUUUUAAAUUUUAUUUGACAGAAAGAGACAGCUGUAUCUAAUCUCAGUUUGAAAGUGUAAGAGGUAAAAUUUCAAUCGAUUGAAUUUCACUAAAUUGAAAAGGUGUGCCAGCGCCAUUAUAUUUGAAUUUUUACUCACGAGAUUUAGUGAUUUUUAUAGAUUAAAAAAAUAUGCAGGUUAUAAUUUGCAAAGGUUGUAUAAAAAUAAGUGUAUUUGCUUUUUCUUACAAGUUCGAAAAUGGGCGUGGUCUAUUUUAUCAGGAAUGGUAUUAAGCGCAAGUUACAAUUAAAAUAGUAUGCGUUGACCAAACAUUGAAUCCCCCAGUUUGCAGUCAAAAAAUAAUACCAACUUUGAUUGAUUACAAUUUGAAAGGGCGGGGCCAAUGCAAAUUUUCUGUGAAAUAAAAUUACAUUUCUCCUUUGAUAUUUAAUUUUCUAAAUAAAAUAAAGUAUUAGUAUGCGUUUGAAUAUUCCAAUUAUGACGCCUUCAACAUUAAUAUGGGAUUCUACAUUCGGUCAAUUAUUUUAUUAGUUCGCUCCCAAUUUGCUGUAUUUAUCACUGGGAGCAAUUUCCAAUCAAUUUAUGUUUUCUCAAAUAUUUUCUGUUUAUUUUGUUUUUGAGAAGCGCCCCAAUGUUGCUGUAUAAUUUCUUUUAGCGCUGAAUCCCCGAAAAAAAAAGAACCCUGCUAAAAAACAUAACAAUAGACUUUAAUUUCUCUCUUUCUCUUAAUUAUUGAGGUCUUUUUUAUUCACAAAUAUUUCUUGCAAAAAAAAAGAAUUCCUCUGUAGUUUGUUUAUGCGUGUCCCAAUUGGGGAUCCUAUAUAUUUGAAAAAGAAAAAAAAAAAGAAAAUUCUUGUCUCAAAAUUAUUCAUAAAAAGAAAAUUUGUGACAUGAAAAGUGAAAUAUUGAAGUAGAGAGUGAACCUAAUUUUGCGCAUUGUAUAUAUUUAAACAAAAAUUUUACAUAAUUACAUUUAUAUGAUGCUUAAAUAAUAUUAUCAAAUGAUGAGAAAAAAAAGAAAACACAAAACAUGAGACAAGAAUAUAUUAACAUCUAACUUGUGCUUUAUAUAAUUUUAUGUUAUAAUUUUUAUUCUUAAUGAAUAUAUUAAUAUAGAUUAGCAAUCGUAUGAUGGGAAUUCCAUUGAAAAAAAAGAAGAACAACAGUGACACAGAAAAAUAAAGAGUGAAACUUCAUUUAAAGAAAAUGUACUAGAAAAAGACAAAAGAAAUGUUUUCUUUCUUCCAUUUUAUUUAUCAUUCUAUUAUAUUCUUUUCUCAAAACUACUACGUACAUACUUUUUUUUUCAAUAGAUUUACCAUCAUAAAAUUGUUUAUAUUAAUAGAAUAGUUAAUAUUUUAAAAUUAAAAAAAAAAUGAAAAUCAACACGAUGAAAAAAGGGAAGAUUUAAAUAAUUGUGUAGUUUUUUCUAAUUAGAGAAGAAUGAGACAUUUUUUUGAAUAAAACGAAAAUAUACCGAAAAUAUGAUAUUUUCUCGAGAGAUACCAAUCAGCAAUAAACUAUAUCUAAAAAGAAAAAUACGUUUUUUAACCCAGAUAAAAAAAUAAAAGUAAAACCCGAGAAAUUGCUUAGAAACUGGUGUUAAAACGAACAAGAUCUGUCCAUUAUAAAAAAGAAAAAAAAAGAAAAACUAAUAAUUUUAAUACAAGAAGAAAAAUUGUCCCAUUUUAGAGAAAGAACAAGAAAAAAAAAUUACUGUAAUGCUUCUUUUGAUAUAUAAAAUGUAAUUGUACUGAACAAAUAAUUUUAUAGUAAAAAGAAAGAAAAAUUAUUUUAAAUCAAAUGAAAAUGUUAGCAAGAGGGAGAAAAAGUUAGAAGGAUAAUUUUUUUGAAAUUAUUGUGCUUCCCAAUAAUGAAAGGAUAUGAAGGAAAAAAGGAAAGUUAGUUUCUAAAUAAAUCCAUCAGAGAGUCAGAAUAAAUGAGAAGAGAUUUUUCUCCUGAGAACCUUGACAAACAGUAAACUCAUUUCUUAUUUUAAUGUGAGAUUUUUACCGUGAACCACAAACACUGUAAUGCAAAUUGAUGAUGGACGUUUUUAAGAAAAAGGGAUAAGUGAAUAAAUUAUAUAUACAUAAAUGAA